CUCCUCUCCGCCCAGGGCCCCGCCUCCAUCCCGCGCGACUCCGCGGCCCCAGAGCCGAGGAACGGAAACGCGCGCGGAGAGACGCGAGGGGAGACGCGAGGGGAGACGCCGCGAACGCGAUACAGCAGGACCCGGACCGACGCGGACCCAGCCAGGAUCCAGAGAAGAUCUCUAGGGGCGUCCCGGACCAGCCGGCACCUCUCUCGGACCAUUUAGAAGAAUCCACAUCGACGUUUGAUCCAGCGCCACGAGCCAUUCCUUGGGAGUCGAACCCACCCUCGCUUCCCCUGGUCGCGACCGGGACGCGCAGAGAGUGGAACGUGACCUAAUUUUUUCUGUCCGAGGACGAGGGGGGGGGGCUGGUCGCUGUGAUAUCUGGCUCCUGGCAGGUUAUGUGGGCUCGGCUCCUGGAGACACUUGAAGACUCCAGUCGAGAUCCUGUUCCCGGGACGGCCAGGGGGAUCUGGGGACCUCAGCGAGACCCGACGGCAUCUUAGACCUCAGGGGGGACGCUUGUCACUGCAGAACCUGCUACAUCACUACUGGAGGACCUGGUGCCUCAAACGCGAAUACCCUUUAGAGGAACUGAAACUGAGCCAUUGGAGAUCAUACUCCCUGGUGGACCUCAGAGGAAGAAGUCGUGAACCAUUUUGAGAAACCCUCUGGACUUAUUGGGGAAGCCUUGAACUGCUUGAGAAGCAACUUACACUCAUUAAGCAGCAUGUGCACCCAUCGGGGCUCUCAUUGAGGACCUCGUACAUCCGUCGAUGAACCUUUGGACGCGUUGAGGCGGCGCUGAUAAUCUGGUGGAACUACCAAGGAGCUGUUGGAGACCUGGACAACCCGGGGAGGAGAAGGAGGGGAGCGAGUUGGAGCCGACUCGACAUGCAAGGGACCUCGCUGUGACUGUUGAGGGUGGACAUCCCCCCCUGGCAAAACUUCAAAGCGCAUCUCCAGACGAGGCAAACGUCGGCUCGCAGAGGCAACCGAAACCCACGGACUUAAAUCCAACCGGCUACUCUCACUGAGAUGCCAACAAACCCUGCUGCACCUGGAUGUUAGUUCAUCUGCUACCACCAGGAGUUCAUCUGCUACCACCAGGAUGUUAGUUCAUCUGCUGCCACCAGGAUGUUAGUUCAUCUGCUACCACCAGGAUGUUCGGUGACCAGCUUUGCCGGACGCCAGUUGGACCUCCUGCUCUAGUACUCGGGUGGUAACCAAAGAGUUACCCGGAUGCUGGUCAAGUGGCCGCCUGGAUGUUAAUCAGCCAGAAGCCCAAAUGUUAGUCAACCAUAUACUUGGAUAGCAGUCGACCAGUUACCUGAAUGUUAUUCAACCUAGUUACUCGGAUAGUAGUCAUCCAAUUAUCUGGAUGUUAGUCAACUUUGGAUGAUAGUCGAUCACCUGAAUAGUUGCUGAUCAAUUCCCUGCCUUGAAUUGAGUCGACCAAUACCUGGAUAUGAGUUGGCCAAUUUACUAUUUGCUCAGGAACCAAUAACAUAGAUGCUAGUUCACCAAUUACUUAAAUUAUACCGUAGUUUACAAUUCACCUGGAUGCCGAUGACACAGCAGCCCUCCGAAUGGCGAUAGACUCGUGAGCAGAUGUUAGUCGACCAGUUUCCCGGAUGACAGUCGCCCUGCUUCCCGGAUGUUAGUCGACCGUUCCCCACGCGAUGAUGCGAUUCAGUUCCGUGGGAGACCACGUGACCCUGGAGCGUAGCGUUACCUACACCGGGGACCUGACGUGGGUGACGGGCGGCGGCGAGGGCGUACGCCUGGGCCCCGUGGCGCUGGGCGCGCUCUCCGAGCUCGAGAGGGCCCGCCUGCAGGAGGCGGCCCUCGCCCGCCUCGCCGACAUGCAGCUGCCCUGCAACAUCGCCAUCCCUAAAGAUGGCCAGAAACGGAAAAAGUCCUUGCGUCGGAAACUUGACACGACUUUGUCUCGGGAGAAGUCUAAGGACAAAGAGUCCCCUCCGCGUGCCUUCGGGCUGCCCCUGCUCCAGGUCAUCGCCAAUGACCUGGAGCUGAAGCAGCGCAGGGAGCUGCUGUCAUCCUGCGUGCCGGACCCCUCGCCACCACCCCCGCCGCUCGCCCAUCCUGGGUCGGUGGGGUCAGGGGGCACGGGGUCACGGGGCGUGGGGUCGGAGUUGACGGGGUCGGCGCUGGAGUCGUCCGCCGCGGGGUGGACGCGAGAGGAGGGCGGAGACAACGCGGGGAGAGCGACGGCAGGAAGGUCACGGCCCCAGCAGAGGAGGGGUGCGAUGUCCGUGGACAGCCUGGCGGAGCUGCAGGGGAACCCGUCGCGUCUGCUCGAGGCUCUACAGCUCUCGCUGCCGGCCGAGGCAGCGGCAGGGGGCGGCGGUGGCUCCACUCGGGGCCGGUGGCGCCGAGGGGAGGGGCAGCGCCUGAGCCUCAACCCCACGUUCCCCCGCGUGCCCCGCGUCGUCGAGGCGUGCUGCUCCCACCUCGAGCAGCACGCUCUGCACACGGUCGGCAUCUUCAGAGUGGGCAGCUCCAAGAAACGCGUUCGGCAGCUGCGGGAUCAGUUUGACCGCGGCGGCGAGGAGGCGGCGUCGAUCGGCGAGGAGGCGAGCGCGCACGACGUCGCCGCGCUGCUCAAGGAGUUCCUGCGCGACCUCACCGAGCCCCUGCUUUCGCGCGAGCUCUACCCGGCCUUCGUGCACGCCGCCGGGCUGGACCCGGGGCAGCAGGUGCCACUGCUCAGGCUGCUCGUGUGCCUGCUGCCCCCGUGUAACUGCGACACGCUGCACCGCGUGCUCUCCUUCCUCGCCACGGUGGCACGCCACGCGGGCACACAGGCCGACACGGGGGAGCAGGGAAAUAAGAUGACGGCUCAGAACUUGGCGACGGUGUUCGGGCCGAACCUCCUGCGUGGGGAGCGGAGCGUGCGUGAGGACAGCACGGCGGUCAUCGCUACCACGUGCUCGCUCAUCGAGCAGCACGAGCAAGUCUUUCUGAUCCCGCCCGAGCUUCAGCACGAGGUUCUGCUGCGGCUCAUGGAGUCCGACCCGGAGGUGGUGGAGCACCUGCUGAGGAGGAAGGCAGUGGGGGCCGGGGCGACGGAGCGAGGCUGGCCCAGUGUCUCGGGUCGCGACGGCUCCAGCGAGAGCCUGGAGGGGGGGUCCAGCGCUGAUGGGGAUGGGGACGGGGAGGGGUCCCCCUACGAGAACACUUCGCCCGUGCUGGGGGCGCGCGGAGCGGUGGCAGCGGAAGGAGCAAGCACAGCGCAGCGGAGAACUCACGCGUGGACGCCGUGGCAACAUCCACAUACACACAGGACCCACCGUCCCCACGACCCUCUCAACCGAUUACCACAUCCUGAAAUGGUCGCCACUCCUUCCCGGGCCCCUGACCUCGACCUUGACCUCAUGACCCUGAGAGACAAGGACUCGAGGUCACACGUGGCCCCAGGUGGAGCGGAAGUUGGAGGAGGAAGUGGAGGACCCAUCCCCCUCACUCGCACCCGCAGCUCAGGCCCCGGAGUCACAGACACUCAGGCCCUCGUGGGCACGAACACCAGGGAGGGCCUAGGUCGCCCGGGGCAAGGACCCGGAGGAGGAGAAGAUGGCCGCCGCUUCCACUGUAUCAACAGCAGCAGCUGCAAAGUCAGCAGCAGCAGCGGCAGCAGUGGCAGCAGUGGUGGACGAAACAACAGCUUCCUCUUCUCGCAAUCACAGCCAGACCUGCCGAGCCUGGGGGGCCCAAACCCCGCCGAGCUAAAUGGGCGAGGCUGGGACAGCAUCCCCUACAGUCCAGCAGUGCAGGCCCGGCUAGGCCCCGUCAAGUGCUUGCCAAGGGACGCCCCGGCGAGCAGGACCUUCUUCACGAGCCAAGCGGGUGCCGCGAAGGGGUCCAACGUGGGGGAUGCCGGUGGCAUGGGGCCCGGUGGAGCCGUUUCUCGCUGGGUGCGGGCCUUGCCGGCCGAGGGGCGGCCCUCAGAGGGCAGCCUGGAUGCCAGGAGGAUCGGCAAUCUCAGCCCUGAGCAGUCGGACUCCAUCCCUGAGACGUUCGUCUGAGAAGCAUCCACCGUUGCUGUGGAGUGGCGUCCCAUGGAGGCCCAGGAGGGAGUGACUGUGGGACCCUGGGGAUUGAGGGCUCAGAGAGAGGGCCCCUUCCCUCUUGGCUUGGGAGCGGCUGCCAGCAUUGGAAUAGGACACAGCAGAAUUAGUUAAGUUCUGGUUGAGUGUAGGGUUUUUCAAAGCUCCGUCCUCAGUCCUCACCAGUGUGGGUUUCCGCGUUUACCAAUCACCAGGUGUGCGCAGUGUUUCAUGACAUCGCAUUAUGGUCGUCAUCAACACCAUGAAUAUAAGCAGCAUCAUGAGAUACUGUAUAAGCAAUGCCAGGCGAGCGUAGCACCAAGGUACUUGUAUGAAUAGCACUUCCCGGGUUCUUACGCUGAUAUUACGUUACCCAAAGCUGCCAAAUUCCUGGGAGGCUCAAAUAGGAUACUUGGCCUAACGAUGGCUCCCCUCCCCUCUGCCAGCCCCGCCCACUUGUAUAUAGCCACACCCACUCCACCACUAGCUCCGUCCAGAGGUCCUCCUCACUCUUCCUGUCAUUGCCCCCCCCCCCCAACUGUUCAUAGGCCCCACCCACUCUUCUGCCAACACCGCCCAGUACUCAGGUGGCCUUGCCCUUUUCCCAUAUAAUGAGUUAAGAACGAAGUCAGAAAAUGUUAAACCCAGACACCAUUCCAAUUUUUACAAAUGCUUCAAAACAUCAGGAUAUCCUUUCUGAACCCGGAAUGUCCUGGCCAAACCAGAAAGUUUGGUAGCUAUAAUGAUAGAUACCUCAAGGUAUCUCACUAAUCUAGGGCUUAAUGUCUCACUGAAUAUUUUCCAGAUCGCUGGUAGACUGGAGUGACUCGUAGCCACAGCCAUAACGAGAGGUGUGGUGGAUGUGGCAAAGCUGUCACUCGACAUUUUGGCGCCUGGGGUAAGGUGCAAUGCUCGAAAUACCCCCCCCCCCCUCCCGCAUCCAAAGCUCCAACCCUCCUGCCCUCCGGUCCUUGCUUUGCAUUGCACUGGGAUAUGGUGUACUCAGUGAUUGAACAUUUUCCUGGUCACUGACCCAACCACACUCGGCUGUGAUGCCUCCACUCCAACCUGUGGGGAGGACCUGGGACCGGAGUUUGAGAAACCUUGGCCUGGAGACAGGCUCCGUUUCCUGUCAUUGUCCCCACCGUUCCGUGGAGAGGUGCUCGCCAAAUCGCAUGGACUUGAACGAGCAUGGCAUUUUGAGUUGGGGUUUUUGGGGAGGGGGUUAAAAUAUGGGCCCCCCACCUCGUGACUCUAUAAUGCCGGGAUGGGGGGCAGGGGUCAUGUAUCAGGUUAGAUCAAGUCAGGUCGAACCAGGGCAGGCAUUGCGAGCAAUGAAGCAUCACUUGUGUCACAUUUUAGUGUUCACGUAAAGACAUUUAUUCGUGCUUAUUAAAGUUUAAUUACUGUGGAACAAUAAUAUGUGUAAGUGUAUAGAAAAAAAUACGUCACUAAUUGUAAUGAUAGUAAUAACACUUAAGUACUGUAUUUUAAAAUGAAAUGGGGGGAAAAACUAUUAAUGUGAGAGAUAAAAUAUCACCACAUUUGUAAUUAGUGUUUCCUUUAAAUAUAAAAAUACACAGUACAAUUGA